AUGGUACUUUACUUAGUGUUUUGUUGUACAGCAAUCAAACCCGCCAUAUUGAAGAUUACGGCUAAUGUACCAGAGGGUGAGAAGUAUAGCAAUUUUGUGGUGCAUAUGAUAUUGUUUUUGGUAUUGGCUUGUGGGCUUCUAACAGACUACCUUGGUUGUCAUUUCAUCUUUGGUGCAUAUGUAUUGGGAAGAAUUAUUCCUCCGGGAAAUCUAGCUAAAACAUUGAUAGAGAAGAUGGAAGAUUGUGUUGACGGUGUUUUGAUGCCUCUCUAUUUUGUGGUGUUAGGAAUAGGGGUGGAUAUCUCCGUAAUCUUGGUAAAUUCCAAAUACGUUUUGGUUGUAAUAUUGGCUGUUGCAACUAAAGUUUUAUGCACUCUUCUAAUUGGAUUCUUCUGCAAUGUACCACUUGUUGACGGCUUUCCGUUAGGGAUUCUCCUAAGUUCUAAGGGAUUUUUUCCAUUAGUCCUCCUUAAUAUUGGACGUCAACGAAAGAUUUUAUCAGGUGACUCUUAUACGUUGCUCUUCAUCACAAUAUUUUUGUCAACAAUUUUGGUGGAACCUAUAAUGAAAAUCAUUUGCAAGCGUAUAGGGAAAAUUCCUCAGUUGUAUGAUCAAAGAAGUUUACAAGGAGCAAAUUUUUCAGAAAAGCUUAAGUUAAUCACUUGUAUACAUAGCACAAGGAAUGUCCGCAGCAUCAUAAACCUCUUAGAGAUUUCAAACAUUACGGUCCAACACCCUGCAUCAGUUCAUGUAACCCAUCUUAUUGAACUUUUAGGCCAUGCCCCCGCGAUGCUUAUUGAACAUGAAUCUCAAGGGUCUUUCUUUUGGAACCUUGGUUCCAAGCUUUUCUGUGAUCGAGGAAGGGCUGAGUCGGACCAGAUAAUCAAGGAGUUCAUUGAAUAUACAGAUCAACAUGGUAACUCUACAUCUUCUUUAAAAGUAUUUACAGUUGUGUCUCCUAUUAAUACAAUGCAUGAGGAUAUAUGCAGUCUUGCCGAGGAUAAGCAUGCAUCCCUUAUAAUCCUUCCAUUUCAUAAACAACAAGGGGUGGAUGGAAAGUUAGAGGACACUAACAUAGAAUUCGGAGGUGUGAACCAAAAUGUGCUAGAUGUGGCACCGUGUUCUGUUGCUUCGCUCGUGGAUCGUGGACUAAGAGUGGAUUCUAUGUCUUCCUCUUCUGAACUAUAUAGUGAUGAUGGACAAGGUUGUGAACAAGUUCAAAUUGCAAUGAUUUACAUAGGUGGUUGUGAUGAUCGCGAAGCAUUGACAUAUGCUUGGAGGAUGGCAGGCCAUUCCUCUGUUAACCUCACAGUGAUUCGAUUUCUAGAAGGUGAACAAUUAAGUGAUAUUGAUCAACCUAUAGACUAUUUAGAUUUUGGUGAUAGUGAUGUUGAGGUUGAAAACCUUACUAUAUCAGCACAAAAGUUAAGGGAAAUCCAAGUUGAUAAUGAAUUUCUAAUGGAUUUUCAAGAGCAAACUAGUUAUGACAGAUCGAUAUGCUACCUUGAAAAAUUUAUUAAUUGUCCAGGGGAAAUUAUUUCUUCAUUGAGGGAAAUGGGUCAUGAUUUUGAUUUGUAUAUGGUCGGAAAAGGUCAAUCAAGGUUAUCUUUUCCGACAAUAGGUUUAGUUAAGUGGAGUGAGUUUAGAGAGUUGGGACCAAUCGGAGACAUUUUGAUAACAUCUGAAUUCACCUCUACUGCAUCAGUGCUUGUCAUGCAGCAAUAUUCGAAUAAAUUAAGUAAAAGAAGUUUUGUAGUUAAGUCUAGUGAAGAAGAAAAAGUGACUAUUAUUAGUUCUUAG